CUAUGUUUAAAAGCCUAGGACUAGAGGUACGUAGAUGAUAACUAAGUGCUGCGAGUGUGUGAGACUGUGCUUUAACUUGAAGUCAUGUGGUUCGCAGUGCUGCUGGCAUGUAUGAGCGGGGCGCUCGCUGUGCCGAUAGAUUACGGCGGUUACGGCGGAUACGGCGGAUAUGGUGGCUACGGUGGUGCCGUGUAUGCGCAAGCUCCGGUCGCGCUGCAAACAGUUCAUGCGGCGCCCGUCGCUGUGCAAGCCGUCCAUGCGCCUGUUGCUGUUGAGACUGUGUCGUACCCAAAGUACGCGUUUUCAUACGGCGUGAAGGAUCCACACACCGGCGACGUCAAGACACAGCAUGAGGAGAGAGAUGGUGAUGUUGUCAAAGGUAGUUACUCGCUAGUAGAGCCGGACGGUACGACGCGCACCGUCCACUACUCAGCGGACGAUCACAGCGGCUUCAACGCGGUUGUGCAAAAGUCCGGCCACGCCGUGCAUCCGCAAGUGGCAGUUGCGCCAGUGGCCCACUACGUGGCAGCACCAUCCUAUGCCAUUUCUCCGCAUUCUUAUCACUAAAUUGUUUUGAUUGGUUAAUAUCUUUUAUUUCACGAAUCACUUGAUUUUAUUCUUAUAAGUGUUAGUUUGGACAAUCGUAAAAAGAGUUUUAAGGCUUUUAAUAUUAAUUUUCUAUUUUUGAGCUUUCCUUGGAAAUAAUUUGAAAUCGCUUGCAACUGUAGUUUACAUUUUUCUGUUAGCGUUUGGUUUUGUGUGUUUACAUCAGAUUCCUAUAGGAUAGAAUGUUUUAAUAUCAAUGUUGAAAUCAUUGUGAUUGAUGAAUGAUUUGUUUUGUAAAGAUAAGUAAAUUACAGCAUCCAAAGUACAAUGAGAUACUCCGUCUUUUAUAGAAUUAUCGUUUUAUGAACGGAUUAGCUUGUAAGGUUUUACAAUUUGUCAAAGAUAUGAAUGUGUAUCAAUGUUUUAUGGUUAAUAAAUUAUAAUCUAUA